CAAUUUUUCACCCACAGCCGCACGCAAAUCCCCUCGGCCUUACCCUCAAUUCAGCAACCUCCCCCAACGCAAUCUUUCACCCGCAGCCGUACGCAAAUCCCCUAGCCCUUACCCUCAAUUCAGCAACCUCCUCCGACGCAAUCUUUCACCCGCAGCCGUACGCAGAUCCCCUCGGCACCAGAUCGCCACACAUACUCCACGGGCAGCGGUACUGUAGCCGUGCCUUGCCUAAGCUCAAUUCCCACCGAAACCUACCGCCGUUCACCUCGGCCUGGUCUUCAAUCCAGCAACACCCAUACCGUUGCUCGCUCAGUUUCCCAGCAAUCGCAGGUCACAACACAUACUCCACAGUUAGCAGUACUGUAUCCGUACCGUACCUGCGCUAAGUUUGCCCGAGAACACGCAUACCCCGGUCAUGUCUAUCUCUUCCCCAUUCUAUUCUGCUGUUCCUAAUUUUCCCACUCCCUUGACCCCUUCUCGCAUGCUCGCUCACGCAACCGCCCAUGCUUUCAGCACCGUGUGGUUUAUUUCACUCACUACAGGUAAGAUUGCUCUCUCCUCGCUCAGAUCCUCCUCUUCUGAUCCACCUCUCAUUCUAUUCUUUUGCUUCCUCUUUCUCCCCGUCAACGCCACAACCGUCCGGCAAACCCGCUCAGCCGCCUUUACCUCUUCUCCUUGCCGCCAUGAAUCAUGUCGUUCUCUCGAAGCUGGCAUGGACGGACAAAAGUCCUGCUGUCAAAUUGCGCCUCCUCCAUACAUGGAUGGCUGGGAACCCUUCCCGGCCCGACGGGUUCUCUGAAUACGCUACACUUUGGACGGACGAAUUGGGGGUGCUGGUACAGGGCCUUGCCUCCAAGCUUCUGUCGGACCAAUUGAAGGAGGUUCUUUCUGUUGGCAAGAUUUACUUCGUCACACAGUUCUCCCAACGUGAAGCAAAAAAGCGUUGGGCACCCUGUUCCAAUGAUCGCCUUCUCCAUUUUACUUCAUCCACCACUUUUGUCCUCGCUGAUGAGGAUGCUUCGAGUUUCUGUGCUGAUAGCUUUGAGUUUCGCCGCUUCGAGGACCUGCACGGCAUUGCUUCUCGAGCUGAACACUUAGUUGAUGCUGUUGGUCGGCUGGUGUCUGCAACACCUGUCACCUAUUUCCAGAAACAACAUCGGUCCAUCAAGAAACAAACUGUUGUCAUUGAGAAUGAGCGCGGAGCCUCACUGCCAGUUACGUUAUGGGCGGAGUUUGCUGAUAGACUGCCCCUGGCUCAACUUAUUCAACUAGACGGGGCUGCACCAAUUGUCGUAGCGUUUACUAGCCUCAAUCUGUCCCUGUGGCGUGAAAUAGAGGACUUAGUUGGCAAGGAAUACAUCUUCCUACUGUACCUUCCUGUGGGUCAAGUUUCAGACUCUAUGGCUGACAUGGUUGUCUCCAGUAUUGAGAAAGAUGAGCAGCCCGCCUCUAUAGACAGGCAGCCGCAUGGGCCACGAUUUCAGAAAAGGCAUUCAACCACCAUUGCCACGGUGCCACAGCUAAUGCCUCCGAGGUCCACAAACUACAUCCAGCACGCACCUUCAAACAGCUCUGACAUAACGGUUUUUGCAUCGCCGACCAAGCGUCUUCGGGACGUUUCCCCAAGUACUUCCAUGGUCGACGAUCCUGUUUCUCAGGAACACACAGAGUUCAGGGCCCCGCGACCAGUUCAGACCUUAGAUAUGAGGUUGAGCUCUCCGCUGGCAGGGAUAAACAUUGCCACCCCAUCUUCCAGUGAGAAGAAGAAGGAUAAAUUAAGUGACACUGCCCAUGUGGAGCCGCAUCAGUUGCUGUCACGGCCUGCCGACAUUGCCAUUACAGCUGCUGCUGGCCUGGGAAAUACCUCCAUCCAUGAGAAACCAUUGCCAUCUGCAGCGCUGCUCAAAGACAUCCCCCCUUCCAUGUUGCCCAUCAACCCCCUAAGCCAUCCACUCGCAAAGGUGAAAGUGGAGAAACUUCAGUACUCGCGGAAAGACGCGAAGAACUCCAAGGAUUCUGAUACUUUGCCCAUUUCCCAUCUGAAGACAAAGGUUUCGAAGGGCAAAGGUGUCGCCAAGAAACUGUUCCAGGGAUGAUCCUCUCCUACCUUCUGCAGGCGUAUCCUCUCCUACCUUCCGCAAGCGCCUAUUUUGCCACCUAGCCUGUUUUGUUGCCUGCUCGCGCUAAUGUUUUCCGGAUGGGAAUAUUCAUUGUCGUUGUCAUCGCCUGUGUCUACCAUUUCAUUUCCUCUAAGAGUCUUAAGUUCAUGAAUUACUACUUUCCUCUCACUAUCGUUGUAAUGAACUCCAAUGUGCGUGCAUUGUAACUAUUUAUUGACGAUCUAAUUAUUAAUUUCAGAAUUCUUAGGC